GGCUCGCUGCUUAUUCGCCUUCUCACGGGAAAGAAAAGGUAGAAAUGGAUGAAGAGGAAUUUCGACGCCUUCUUGAUCUCUUCCCUGUUGUCCGACCUCGCGAUUACCAUAUUGACCUCGAUCCAUCUAGGCAAUCCACUACGCGGCCAACGCAGGAUGACGAUGUGAAGAAAUGGCAGGACGCAUGGGAGGAGCAGGAGGGGGAUCAAAAGGAAACAAGCAAUCAAACUAUUGAUUUACACGAUGCAUUCUGGGAGAAGCUGAAGUUGGCAGCUGAGAAGAAGAUGGGUGCAAUGUUAAAUCAUAUAUACAUUCAUAUAUACAAACCAACUCGCCCGACCCGACCUUCCUAUGUCCCUCCACCCUUCAGAAACACCGCUACCACCACUUCAUUUGGUUAUCCCACUGAGUCGAUGCACUCUGGGAGUUUUUCUGGGGCUGUGUAUGGCUUCGUCCGCUCUUCAACCAGUCAACCCGGUUCGUCUCGUCGUGGUGGUGGUCGUUCACGUGGUCGUGGCCGUAGCGGUUCUCAACGGUGGCCCUCUGUCAACCAAAAUUUUAACAACCAGCGCCUAGUUGACGUAAGUGAAAAUUUUGACGAGCUAGAGAUCACAGAAGAUGAUGGUAGUAACAUUAACACCAAAGAAAAUAGUGCUAUCAACUUUGAUGCGUAUGAGGAUAUUCCAGUCGAAGUCACUGGCUCCCACAUACCUCCACCGGUGAAUACCUUCACUGAAAUUGAUUUGGGACAAGGUUUGAAUGAUAAUAUUCAGAGGUGCAAGUAUGUGAAACCAACUCCGGUUCAGAAGCACGCCAUACCCAUUGCGGUUGCUGGGAGGGACUUGAUGGCUUGUGCACAGACUGGGUCGGGGAAAACUGCUGCCUUCUGUUUUCCCAUUAUUUGUGGGGUUUUGAGGAACCGGUUUCAAACUGCUGGGUCGGGUCGUGGUAGGUCUAGAAUGGCCUAUCCCUCUGCACUCAUUCUAUCUCCUACCAGGGAGUUGUCUUGUCAGAUUCAUGAGGAGGCGCAGAAGUUUGCUUAUAACACUGGAGUGAAGAUUGUGGUGGCAUAUGGGGGAGCACCCAUAGUACAACAGUUUCGCAAUUUGGAGAAGGGUGUUGACAUCUUAGUUGCAACUCCUGGUCGCUUAGUUGAUAUGAUUGAGAGAGCAAGAGUUUCUCUUGGGAUGAUAAAGUAUUUGGCCCUAGAUGAGGCUGAUCGAAUGUUGGAUAUGGGAUUCGAACCUCAGAUACGGAAGAUUGUCCAGCAAAUGGACAUGCCUCCACCAGGUGAAAGGCAGACCAUGCUUUUCAGUGCCACUUUUCCACUUGAGAUACAGAGACUUGCAUCUGAUUUUCUCUCGGACUACAUUUUUCUCACUGUGGGGAGAGUUGGUUCAAGCACUGAUUUAAUUGCUAUAAUUAUGCUAUAA